UUACACUCAUCUACUACAACAACACUCAGAGUUGAAUAAAAACAUAAAAAAUAGGCCAAGAGAACAUUCUUCCGAUAAAUUAACGUCGGAAAAUGGCAAAUCUACCAGAUUCUCUGUACGAGGACUACAGUACAAGCAAGUUGACAUUGCCAUCUGCUUCUUCCUUUGCUCCAACCACCACAGUCGUACCUUUUCCGGACAUGGACACAAUUAUCCAGUGGAUCAAUGAUCUUCAUAAUGAGAUUCCAUUUGUCUCUAAUUCCGCGCUCCAAAACCUCGUCACUCAUAGGAACACUUAUGAAAUCUUGCCGCUGCUAUUAUGGAAAUCUCCUUGUACAAUGACCAUGAUGUUGCAGGAGAUCGUGAAAAUCUACCCACACAUCUCAGCUCCAGUACACUCUCAGGAGGGGAAGCCACCUCGAGCGUACAAUAUUCUGCUUUUGUUCCAGUGCAUAGCUCAUUAUCCGGAGACAAGAGGCUGCUUCCUUAAGGCUGAGAUGCCACACUACUUAUUUCCUUUGAUGGACAUUGAUCUCACCUAUAAGCCUCUCGAAUGCCUAAGGCUUGGUGCAUUGGGUGUCCUUGCUCAUAUGUUGAAGGCGCCUAUAGACGGAGCUGCUGUUCGUUUCCUUAUGGACAAUGGUGCUUUACGUUAUUGCACCAAAGCUAUCGAGAUUGGCUCUACAGAGUCAAAGACAGUUUCUGUGUUCAUAUUGAACAAGAUUCUGUCAACUAAUGAGGGGCUUCAGUACUGCUGCGUCUUGGCUGAUCGUUUUUUCCUCAUAGACGGUCUCCUCAAAAAGCUGCUUGUGUAUCUUUCUUCCAUGACCAACCCUUCUCCUAGCUUGUUCAAUCUUAUUGCUGGUUGCUACGCCAAGCUCUCCCAGAAGCCCAGGGCUCGUGAAGGAUUAUGGCGUUACCCUCCUGUCAUGCUGCUUAACGGGACCUUCGCCAGUUUACUUGCUGAGGACCCAGACGCUGUUAACUACCGUAAGCAGCUGAUUCGGAACAUGCAAAGCAAAGCUAUGAAGUAGAAGAAAACACAGUUUUACUACAGCUUGACGCUAAGUAAUAACUAAGA